GAAUUAUUUCAUUUUUAUUUUGGCAUAAAGAAACGGUGUACUCAAAAAAUCAUCGUCUUUAUCAUCAGUCGACAAUCAGAAUUCAGAGAUAGAAAGUAGUAGGAGGAGGAUCAAUGGUCUCUGCAGCUUCUCUCUCGAUAAUAUCUUCUCCUUCAUCACCAUUUGAAUCGCCUUAUUUUAACAAACUUACUCGCAAAAUCCCUAGAAUUUCAUCAACUAAUCUUAUCAAAUUCCGCCCUAUAACGCAAUCCUUAUCUAUCGAAGAAGAUGCCGGAUCCCCCGACCGAUUUCUAGAAAACAAUUCGAUUGCAGAUUACAUGAGGUUUAAGAAAGGGGCUUCCGGCGAAUUACAAACCGCCGUCGUUAGUUACCGGAAGAAGUUCCCUUGGUCUCUUCUCCAACCCUUUCUUCAGGUUGAUUUAGUUUCGACUAUCCACAUUGCAGACAAAGAGUACUUUGAAACCCUACAGGAAGAACUCGAGUCCUACGAUUGCGUGCUUUACGAAAUGGUAGCUAGUAGAGAAAGCUUAGAAAACCGAAAAUACCCUUCAGCCAUUAGAGAACUCACAAAAUCAAAGUCUCGAGGUUUCAACAUCAUAGGGUUCAUUCAACGCCAGAUGGCUAGAGUUCUCAUGCUUGAUUUCCAAUUAGAUUGUCUCGAUUACGAGCCUGAUAACUGGUACCAUGCUGAUCUUGACUUUGAAACCUUCAAAUUACUUCAGAUUGAAAAAGGUGAGAGCUUUUUUACAUUUGCAAGAGAUAUGACACUCAGAUCAACAAAAGCAUUGGUGCAAGCAACUUCAAUCCCUGAAGAACUUGGUCCAUGGAGAUCUAAACUAUUAUGGGCUUCUCGUGUUCUACCUAUGCCUCUUGUUGGCCUUUUCUUCAUCAGCAGUCUUUGUGCUGACGUGGGUGAUGAGUCAGCUGAUUAUCCAGAAAUAGAGGCGUUAUCAAGGCUUGAUUUUGGUGCUGCUAUGAAGGUCUUUUUAGCCAAAAGAUUAACAUCCGAUUUCACACAAGUAGUAACAUCAGAUGUGGAGGAGAAAUCGGUAAUUAUAGGCGAAAGAAACAGGGCAGCAACAGAAGCACUUCAAACAGCAAUCAACAAAGGGCAUAACAAAAUUGCUAUAUUAUAUGGAGGUGGACACAUGCCUGAUUUAGGAAGGAGGUUAAAAGACGAAUUUGACCUUGUCCCUUCUCGGGUCAAAUGGGUAACAGCUUGGUCAAUCAAGAACCGGAAUCUUGCCAGCAAUUCUCUACCUUUCUUGAAGAAAAUGGCGGAAGUUUCCGGAUGGAAAUUAAAUCGGUAUCAAACUCUUGCAUUGCUUAUAUUUUCAUCUGUUCUUGCAUUGGACUUGUGGUUUUGGGAACUCUUUUUUGGGACUACAGUUGACUUUGUUACACAAGUUGCUUCGGAUGCUUUUCAGAUUGUUAGUAGUUCUAAUUUUUAAACUAAUUGGAUCAAUGUUUAUAAAGGAUCGUGUAUAAUGUGAAUAGUUUGAAGAUUAUUAUAUCAUUUUUAGGGGAUACAAAUUGGGUUUAUAUAUGUAGUACUUUAUGUGAACUUAAGUUAUAAGGACUCUGUUUAUUUGUAAAAAGAUGGGUACAUAAUUUAAAGUUAUGUAUGGUUGAAGUUGAU